CAAGAAUAAUUUACCUAGAAUGUUUUUAUUUAUUAACCUGCGUAGUUGAUAUAAAUAUACGAGAAACUGUCAAUAUUAGUAUUUUUUAUAAAGUUUAAAUUUAUUUUGUAAUAAAUUUAAUUAUGGACGCUUACACGGUAACUGGGCGUAUUGGAGAAGGUGCUCAUGGUGUUGUUUUGAAGGCAAUACAUAAUGAAACUGACAGAGAUGUUGCUUUGAAGAAAGUGUUGUUGAAAAAAAUUGAUGAUGGUAUACCAACUUCAAUAAUAAGAGAAAUCAAAACUUUACAAGAACUAAAUCAUCCCUAUAUAAUUAAAUUAUUGGAUGCGUUUCCAUGGGGUUAUGAUUUUGUAAUGGUCUUUGAUUAUAUGCCUUCUGGAUUAUGGGAGCUAUUAAAAGACAAUGACAAACCGUUAACAGCAGCACAAAUAAAGUGUUAUUUUAAAAUGCUUCUUGAAGGAGUUUAUUUCAUGCAUAAAAACAAUGUGAUGCACAGGGAUCUCAAACCAGCAAAUCUAUUAAUUGAUAGUGAAGGAGUUUUAAAAAUUGCUGAUUUUGGUUUAGCAAGAUUAAUGUAUGAAGAUAGUUCACGGCCUUAUUCUCAUCAAGUUGCCACAAGGUGGUAUCGAGCUCCUGAAUUAUUAUAUGGAGCUAAAAUUUACACGUCAGCUAUUGAUAUGUGGUCAGUGGGAUGCAUUUUCGGGGAAAUGAUCAAUAAUUCUCCUUUAUUUCCAGGUGAAACUGAUAUUGAACAGCUGGCGAUAGUAUUGAAAGCAUUAGGAACACCAACUUCUGAAUCAUGGCCAGAAUUACAAUCGUUACCUGACUAUAAUAAAAUCACAUUUCCGUAUCAGAAAAAUGUGCCUUGGGAGCAAAUCAUUCCAGACGCUUGUCCUGAAGCCUUGGAUAUUAUUCGACGUACCUUAUUAUACAACUCAUCUGUACGAUUGACUGCUGAUGAGAUUUUAAAACAUAAAUAUUUCUUUGCACUACCGUUUCCUUGUGGAAUUGAGAGUCUUCCCAAACCUCUUAACGAUCAUAGAAAUCAAUUGAAAUCGAAGGAAAUUGAUCCUAAUAUCAAGCUAACUGUAUUAUUUAAAGAUUUAUCGAAAAUGAUGUAAUGUAAUUUUAUAAAAGCUCUUUAAAUUAACAAGUACGUUAUUUUAUAUCAUAA